AUGAUAGGAACAGGCUGGGGGCAAACUGAAGGAAUAAUCCAGAUCUGGAAGAAUAGGAAGAACACAGGGAGGAAGUUCUGCCCAUGCCAUACAGAGCGGAGCCCAGGAUUGAUCACGCUCAGCCAGAACAGGGGCCAAAUCACCACCCUGAAGCCAUAUCCGGCUUAUAUCGAUCAAAUACCUCUAUCCCCGGGUUUUAAGGUGCCAAACUUCACCUUAUUCAACGGAGAGGAUCCCCAUGCUUCAUCAAUUGAGCACAUAGACAGGUUCUCUGUCCAGUGCAUAGCCAUAGAGAACAAUCCUCUUUUGAAGUUGAGGCUUUUCGGGAAUUCUCUCUCUGGACAAGCUUUUACUUGGAUUCAGCCAGAAGUCACCAUCAGUGACCUUGCUGCCCUCAAACAGAGUGAAGAUGAACCUGCUCAAGACUUCAUAACCAGGUUCAAGAAGCUCAAAAUGAAGUGUCGAAUCCCUAUGGAAGAAAGACACUUCAUCCAGAUGGCUCAAGCUGCCCUCAAGAUCUCUCUAAGAAAAAGAUUUGAUGGGAUGCUGUUUGGAGACCUGGCAGAACCGGCAAAUAAAGCAUCUAAGUAUGAGGAACUGCUUAGGGAAGAACAGCAGAAGAGGAACUCAUCCAAAGGCACGUAUUACAAGUAA